CACAUUGUCUUUUCUUUUCAUAGGUCCAGUACACUACUUAUGGAAGGAAUAAAUAAAACUGCCAAGAUACAAUUCUUCUUCCGCCCAUUCUCGCCCAGCCCUGAGAUCCAGUUGGUGAUUUUUGUGGCCUUUUUGGCGAUGUACCUGACCAGCCUCGGUGGAAAUGCCACAAUUGCUGCCAUUGUCCACAUGAACUACUCCCUCCACACCCCCAUGUACUUUUUCUUAGCAAACCUGGCCAUUCUGGAAAUCUUCUAUACAUCUUCCAUUGCUCCACUGGCCCUGGCCAAUCUUCUUUCGAUGGGAAAAACUCCCGUUACUAUCACAGGUUGUGGCACCCAGAUGUUUUUCUUCGUCUUCUUGGGUGGGGCUGAUUGUGUCCUGCUGGCAGUCAUGGCUUACGACCGGUUUGUAGCAAUCUGCUACCCUCUGAGAUACACCCUCAUCAUGAGCUGGUCCCUGUGUGUGAAGCUGUCGGUAGGGUCACUGGUGCUGGGCUUCCUGCUGUCGCUACCACUGACCAUUUUAAUCUUCAAUCUCCCAUUCUGCCACAACAACGAGAUCUACCACUUCUACUGCGACAUGCCCGCGGUCAUGCGGCUGGCCUGUGCGGACACACGGGUUCACAAGAUGGCUUUGUAUGUCAUCAGCUUCAUUGUCCUGAGCAUCCCACUCUCGCUCAUCUCCAUCUCCUAUGUCUUCAUCAUCGCGGCCAUUGUACGGAUGCGGUCAGCAGAAGGACGCCACCGGGCUUUCUCCACCUGCUCCUCUCACUUCCUAGUGGUCCUGCUGCAGUACGGCUGUACCAGCUUCAUCUAUUUAUCUCCCAGUUCCCGCUACUCUCCCGAGAUGGGCAGGAUGGUAUCUGUGGUCUACACUUUCAUCACUCCCAUUUUAAACCCCCUGAUCUAUAGUAUGAGAAACAAGGAACUGAAAGAUGCUCUAAAGAAGGCACUGAGAAAGUUCUAG